CUGGCUGUAUUUGCAGACAUGAGUGUAAGUGUAGAGAAGCAGCGCUUAGCUGUGUGACUGCUCCUCCCAGACCAGUGACUGUGCCAGUAGAUAAAUACUGUACAAGGGCAGCCUGCCGAGUCACUUUGCACAUUGGGAUUAUCACUGGGAACAGAGAAGUUUGGAACUCACUGUAACAAGGUCCCUGAUUGUUUGGCUGAUGGCGAGAACAACUUGCAUUCCUUGGCUGCUGCUGGUAAUACUACAAGGAAAUCUUUUAAAGCACAGUGAAGCAUACAACGUUGGCCUUUCAGGAGCCAAGAUAUAUAGCGGGCCUGCCAACACGCAGUUUGGGUAUUCUGUUCAGCAGUUUCAUAACCAAGAUGGAAAUUGGUUGCUUGUUAGUUCCCCUUGGAGUGGUUAUCCAAAAAAUAGGAUGGGAGACAUUUACAAGUGCUCAGUCAGCUCAUCAACGACCAAAUGUGAUAAAAUGAAUUUAGCGGAUGCGACUAUCAUUCCCAAUGUUACUGAGAAAAGAGAAGAAAUGAAUCUUGGAUUGACCCUGUUGAGAAAUGGAAAUACAGGAGGAUUUUUGGCCUGUGGACCACUGUGGGCACAGCAGUGUGGUAACAAUUACUACGCAACCGGCGUAUGCUCUGAUGUUAGCCCAAGUUUUAAAGUAAUUAGAAGUUUUUCACCGGCUCUUCAAACAUGUUCAUCUUAUAUUGACAUUGCAAUUGUGUGCGAUGGAUCAAACAGCAUUUAUCCCUGGUACGCUGUUAGAAAUUUUUUGGAAAAGUUUGUGCAAGGCUUAGAUAUAGGCCCAUCGAGCACUCAAGUAAGCCUCAUCCAGUAUGGAAAUGACCCCCAAGUGAUGUAUAAAAUGGACACAUAUAGAACCAAAGAAGAAAUGGCCAAGGCAAUAACUGGUAUUGAUCAAAUGGGUGGAACUCAGACAAACACUUUCAAAGCAAUUGAUUUUACAAGAAAGUUUGCUUUCUCUAAAGAAUACGGCGGGAGGCCCAAUGCCAACAAAGUUAUGGUUGUAAUCACAGAUGGGGAAUCACAUGACAAUGCUCUCCUAUCAAAAGUGAUCGGCGACUGUGAGAAGGACAAUAUCAUUAGAUUUGGCAUAGCGGUUUUAGGUUACUACAACAGGUACAAUAUCGAUAGCAAAAAUCUGAUCAAAGAAAUCGAGUCCAUCGCCAGCGUUCCGAAGGAGAAAUUCUUUUUUAAUGUGUCUGAUGAGGUUGCCUUGUUAGAGAAAGCGGGGACCUUGGGCGAGCGCAUUUUUAGUAUUGAAGGCACUACACAAGGAGGUGAGACUUUUCAAAUGGAAAUGUCCCAAGUUGGUUUCAGUGCACAAUAUUCAGAAAAUCAGGGAACACUGAUGUUGGGAGCGGUCGGCGCCUAUGACUGGAGCGGCACAGUAGUGCAUGAAAAAGCAAAGCAGUUUUCUGUUUUUCCAUAUAAAGCAUUUGAAAAGGUCCUGCAUGAUCGGAAUCAAAGCUCAUAUCUGGGAUAUUCUGUCGCUGUUAUAAAUAUGAAAAACUCAGUGAACUUCGUUGCUGGUGCUCCAAGAACAGACUACACAGGUCAAGUCGUAGUGUAUAAUAUUACCAGCCGGGGAAAUGUCUCCGUCAUUCAGAUCCAAAGAGGAGAACAGAUUGGUUCGUAUUUUGGGAGUGUUUUAUGCUCUGUGGAUGUCAACAGAGAUUCCAUUACUGACGUCUUAUUAGUAGGAGCCCCUACAUUCAUGAAUGAGUACAAGAAAGAAGAAGGCCAAGUGUACAUGUUCUCUAUAAGAGAUGGAAUUUUAGUUCAGCGUGAACAGCUGGAAGGUCCUAAAAGCCUGGAGAACACCAGGUUUGGCUCAGCCAUAGCAGAGCUCUCUGAUAUUGACUUGGAUGGGUAUAAUGAUGUCAUAGUCGGAGCGCCUUUGGAAAACCAGAACAGCGGAGCAAUUUAUAUUUUUAAUGGAAACCAAAACACAAUAAGAACCAAAUAUUCCCAGAAAAUUUUGGGUUCUUCAUUCAACCCAGGGCUGCAGUACUUUGGGAGAUCUGUGGAUGGACACCAGGAUUUAAAUGGUGACACAAUAAAUGAUGUAUCGGUGGGGGCUUAUGGAAAAGCUAUUCAGUUAUGGUCUCAGCAUAUAGCUGAUGUGUCAGUGAAGGCGAUAUUUAUUCCACAACAAAUCAUUCUUACAAACAAGAACUGUGAGGUGACAGUGAGAAUAUGCUUCAGCGCCGUAUUCAGACCCACUAACUCCCAGAACUCCGUAGCUGUGACAUAUAACGCCACCUUGGAUGCAGAUCUUCUCUCAUCAAGAGUGACAUCUAGAGGACAAUUUAGGGAGAGCAACGACCGGUUCUUACAGAGGAAUAUUGCCAUUGGACCCACAGAAAGCUGUUUCGAACACAUAUUCAAUGUUCAGGAGACUUCCAAUACGGAGAAUGCUCUUGCUCUACGGAUUAAUGUCAUUGCACAGAACCCAGGGACAAGCCCAGUCUUAAACCCUUAUUCAUCAAGUUCCACAGAAUGGUUUAUUCCAUUCCUGAAAGACUGCGGUGAUGACAAAAUCUGUAUUUCAGACCUCUCUCUGCAGAUUCAGCAGAUACCAAAUGAUAUCAAACUGCCCUACAUUGUGAGUAUGAAGGACAGGCGCUUAUUGUUCCAAGUAACAGUGACCAACAAACAGGAGAAUGCCUAUAACACAAGGCUCAACGCUGUCUUCUCAGAGAACUUGUUCUUUGCAUCCUCUACAACUCCAAGGGAUGGAACGGAAGUGUUAUGCCAAGUUGGUAAUGCACAAAAUUCAGUCAGCUGCUUGAUUGGUUUUCCUUUUCUUAAGGACGGACAAAAGGUUAUAUUCGACAUUUGGUUCGAUUUCAAUCUGAACAAUCUGCAGAAUAAAGCCUUUAUUUAUUUCCAGACAAUGAGUGACAGCAGAGAAGCUCGGGAAAACGACAAUUCAGUCAACAUUUCUUUGCCAGUUCAGUAUGAUGCGGAAAUCCACCUUACAAGGGAGGCCAACAUAAAUUUUUAUGAAGUCUUUCCUGGUUUAAAUAUCCCAUCGGUGGUAAACAAGUUUGAUGAUAUUGGGCUAGAAUUCAAUUUCUCAGUAAAAGUUAGCACUGGAACAGUUCCACUAAAAACAGCUUUUCUCUCCAUUAAUGUGCCACAGUUCACAAAAUCAAACAAUCCUCUGCUGUACAUCACUUCAGUCCAAACAGACCAGAUGAGUGGUGUUUCUUGCAAUGCGAAUAUAAAUCCUGACCACAUAGGAAGAAUUCCAUAUGAAACAUCAUUCAAAGAAGAGAACCUUAAAAAUGAGUUGAACUGUAAGAGCGCCCGCUGUGCCGCCAUCCAAUGUUCCCUGGAAGGCCUGCAGCUCCGAGAAGAUUAUUAUGUAAAUGUCUCUACCAGAAUCUGGAACGGAACGUUUGCAGCUGCACAUUUCCAGACUAUAGAGUUAGUGGCAAAUGCAAAAAUUGAAACAAUGGACUCAGAAAUAUUCGUCAUCAGCAACAAAGACGCAAUGAUCCCCCUGACAAUAACAAAGCCUGGAGAGAAAUCAGAAGUUCCAAUUGGCAUUGUGAUUGGAAGUGCCAUUGCUGGGCUUGUUCUUUUAGCUGCGCUAGUUGCCCUUUUGUGGAAGCUCGGCUUCUUCAAAAGAAAAUAUCAAAAACUUCAGAAAACGGAAGAAGAAAUAGCAGAGACAACGCAACUGAACUGAUCCUCGGGGGAGUAGAACAUAGAGAAACUGCCCACAAAUGCUGCCGCUGUGCUCCUGGCACUCAAUGACUGCGGGUUCCUAAAGACGUUUAUAUUUUUUAAUGAUUCAGAUAAGUUAUAGGAUUUUUUUACAGAAUCUAGAAACACUGCAGUGCAGUUUAGAGGUUUUUUUGUGCCAUCACUGCUAGCUGGUCUGGGGUACUUUGCUAUGGAUAUGUAAUCCAAUAAUGUUCCGUGUUCAUUUGCGUUGCCGUCGUGCAUAUGGAAUCCUUCUCUAACGCUAGCUUCUCUGGAGGUAGGCAAAUCGGCUCUGGGUUAUGGAACUAUUUUGAAAAAGUUUUUUACUUCUUAUAAAUUGCACUUCUGCCACCCCUUUUCUGUGGACUGAAUAGUGAUGUACGUGCAACCGUACAUUGAACAAAUACCUUGAAUGGCUGUUUUACUGACCUUGGGACCUAGGUGGUACCAUUCCAAGCCAAGACAAUGAUCAAAAAAAGAUCAACAAUGAGAAACUCAUCCUGUAUCUCCUGUAGACAAGUGGUUCACAACUGUGUGUGUGUGCUUGUAUACCAAGCAGGGAUUGAACUGAAAUACACUUAUCAAAGGGACACUUUACCUUUAUAUUUGUCUUAAGAAAAUAAUAUUAUGAGCAAACAAUAUAUAGAGAUAAUUGUGCUGCAGGGCUUGGUUCUCGAAAGGUACUGCAACUUGCCUUUUCCUGACAGUAGAUUGUUUCUUGUCCCUGUAAUUCUCCUUAUAUUAUCCCCAAGCCCCCAUCUGUCUAAGCAUUGUCUAAUAAAUGGACGUUGGCACUGGGGUAGAGCAUAGCUUAGCAUGAAAAGGGAUUCAUAUACCAACUGCAGGCUUCAUCAGGUACGUGGUGUGCAGCAGGGGGAGGGGGACCCUAGAAAGAGCAGAAGCUUAAGACUGGGAUAGGGGGCCCCCAGGUGGCAGUACCGGUGAGCCCUGGACACCCCAGUCAGACACUGGUUACAGGGCUGAGAGCAGUCAUUGCAAUGUUGGCCAACAUAUACUGCCAUAAAAGAUAAUGUGAAAUUGUGUCUGACAUAUUCCUCACAAUAAGUCACAAUAAAUAACAGAGAUGUUGUCAGCCUAUUGGAAGAGAUUCCAGAAAAUCCAGGUGGGUUGACAGAUGAGUGAACUGAAAUGUAUGUACAUUGUGAAUAAUGUAAAUAAAAUUCUUGGAAUUACUAAGAACACUGGAUGAGUCUAGCCACGGGGCAAAUUAGCCUGGAUAAGAGUGACUAAAGUUAACUUUUAGUAUGUUAUAGAAAAGCCAAUUCUAAGCAACUUUUCAACUAGUCUUCAUUAUUUAUUUGUUAUAGUUUUUGAAUUAUUUGUCUUCUUCUAACUCUGUGCAGCUUUAAAAUGGGGGUCACUGACCACUGAGCCAAAUAAAUUAUUGCUCUGUGAGACUACAGUUUUAUUGUUAUUGUUACUUUAUACAGCUUUUUUUUU